AUGUUUAAUAAAACUAAGAAAUUCCUAACAUUAAUAUAUUAACCAAUUAGGCAUCCCUUCAAAACAUUUUAGAAGUCAUUUGAUAUUGAACAAGAAUGGACAAAUGUCAAAUUAGUUCUUUAACCACAUAAAGGAAAAAUUCUAACACUAUUUGCAUUAAUAACUUAUCCUAUUUAUAAGGAUAUGUUUCAAACAAUUAGAAAUUCCUUUGUUUCAUAAGUUUAGAAUGAAUUAGGGCCAGGAUAACCUUUUGAAGUGUUUAUUAACAGUUUUGUUAAAGUAAGCUUGUAUUGAUAAUUAGACUGAAGUUUAAACAAUUCUUAAAGAUCCUAUUGUAUAAUAAGAAUCAGUAGAUUUUGUCUAAAGGUUAGGAAAAUAACAUCAGGUAUAAGAUAGCAUUGUUACUUUGCUUAAAUAAUCUAUAUAAGAUCCUUCAUUUUUAGAUGAUUCAAAAGUUUAUGGAAAAAAAUUAGUUUUAGAUUUGCUUUCAGAUAAACAAAUUUAAGAUUAAACAUAAAAUUUAAUAAUUUAAGUAGUAAAUGAUCCAAUAUUCAAAUAUGAAGUGAAAGAAUUUUGUAAAUCAUUAUCAUAAGAACAAGAAAUAAAUCAAGCGUACAUUUUAAAUUUAUUUGAGAGUUGCAGAAAUCUUAAAAAAUGCUGGAAUGGACCCUAGCUUUAGAGCUGCAUUUGCAAAUGCAUUUUCUUAUGCUUUUAACGAUGUUAUCUUAAGGUAAGACACCACAGAAAAAAUAAGAAUGUUUUUAUUUUUCUUAAUGGAGCAUGAUAAAAAAUAGGAAUAAGGAAUCAAAGGAUUUAUAGAUAUGGUUAUUGCUAAAUUAUUAAAUAAGUAUAUGUAAUUUUUUUAAAAUUAGCAAAACAAUGAUAAGCAAAACAAAUGAAUUUGAUCCUUUAAUGGAAGCCCUUUUGGGAAAAGAUAAAUUUAAAAAUUUAAAUGAAGAACAUAAAUUUUCAGAUUUUAAAAAUGCAGAUGUAUAUUGAAUCCUAC